AUGGCUGCGGAUACGAAGGACCCACUCGAGUGUGAUGGAGGCAUCCAGCUCACGGCGCCUGAAGAUACUGCGGAUCAGAUAACCUCAAAGACGUGCUCUUUCUGGACCAAAUUCCCAGGCUUCCUUCCCGACCCAACAGCGCCAUUUCUGAAGGAGUUCAAGCGCUUGGCCAACCUUGAGCGAUGGAGCACGAAGGACAAGCGCGGAUAUCUGGUGGAAGCUUUGAACAGUGAGAUUGACUUUCAUGGAGACAAGUCGAUGGGACUAGUCCGUUGGCAUCGUUUGUGUCAAGAAGUUGGCACCGGCAGUGCGCCGACAUCUGUGAAAGGAUGCAAGAGGGUUCUCUAUUCCCGCUUCGUGAACCUCUAUAGCAUCGUGUACUACCGCCGAAACCCGUCCAUCUCAGUGGUCUGCUUCGGAUCAUUUAGGGAACUCGCCCGCGACAUAGUCAGAACGGGAGCCUUUCCACGGCAGUGUGCGAAACGGGACGGAUGCAUGAGGGGCCUGCUCAAGAACAGACUUGUCAACAAUCAAGCCGAAUACAAGCGCUUGAUUGAGGCUUGA